UUACUUUCGUGCUCUUUGUAGUAUCCUUCCUUGUCUACUACGACAAGCAGCUUGACGAUCUCUCUUCUCUUCUCUUCUCUAGGGUUCCAAAUUACACUCCUACAAGACGUUGAUUCAUAGCUGUGAAGGAAAGAUGGAAGGUGGACGCGAUCUGGAUGCGCAGAUAGAGUUGCUGUUGAACGUGGAGAAACAGAUGAGACUUGCUGGCGAUGUGUCUGGUACUAGAAAGUCUGCCACUGAUAUAUUGCAGCUUUGUUUUGAUGCUCGCGAUUGGAAGACGCUCAAUGAUCAGAUUGUCCUUUUGUCCAAGAGGCGCGGUCAGUUAAAGCAGGUUGUAACAGCAUUGGUCCAGCAAGCAAUGCCAUAUAUCGAUGAGACACCAGAUAUUGAAACUAAGAUAGAGCUUAUUAAGACCCUUAAUAGUGUAUCUGCUGGAAAGUUAUAUGUUGAAAUAGAGAGAGCACGUUUGAUCAAGAGGCUUGCAAAGAUUAAGGAAGAACAAGGAGAAAUAGCUGAGGCAGCUGAACUUAUGCAAGAGAUUGCGGUGGAAACAUUUGGUGCAAUGGCAAAAACAGAAAAAAUUGCCUUCAUUCUUGACCAAGUCCGCCUCUGCCUAGAUCGCCAGGAUUAUGUGCGUGCACAAAUUCUUUCCAGGAAAAUCAGUCCAAGAGUUUUUGAUGCUGAUACUUCAAAAGAAAAAAGAAAGCCUAAAGAAGGUGAAAGUAUUGUGGAAGAAGCUCCUGCUGAUAUACCAUCUUUGUUGGAGUUGAAGAGGAUAUACUAUGAAUUGAUGAUAAGGUAUUACUCACACAACGAUGAUUACCUUGAAAUGUGCCGGUGUUAUAAAGCAAUAUAUGGCAUUCCUUCAGUGAAAGAAGAUCAAGCUCAAUGGGUACCGGUGUUAAGGAAAAUAAGCUGGUAUUUGGUUUUGUCACCCCACGAACCCAUGCAGUCAAGCCUUCUGAACUCCACCUUAGAGGAUAAAAAUCUUUCAGAAAUCCCCCAUUUCAGGUUGCUCCUAAAACAACUAGUUACAAUGGAGGUUAUAAACUGGGCGGCAUUAUGGGAUAUGUUCAAAACUGAAUUUGACAAUGAAAAGAACAUGCUUGGAGGGGCUUUAUCUGACAAGGCAGCCAAUGACCUAAAACAGAGAGUGAUAGAACAUAACAUUAUCGUGGUCUCAAAGUAUUAUUCAAGAAUUACUUUGAAGAGACUUGCCCAGUUGCUGUGUCUAAGUGUCCAGGAAGCGGAAAAACAUAUGUCUGACAUGGUUGUAUCGAAAGCCCUAAUAGCAAAGAUUGAUAGGCCAAUGGGCAUAGUAAGUUUCCAGGCAGCAAAAGAUAGCAAUGACAUAUUGAAUUCAUGGGCUACUAACUUGGAGAAGUUGCUUGAUCUGGUUGAGAAGAGUUGUCAUCAGAUUCACAAAGAAACUAUGGUUCACAAAGCUGCUUUGAAGGUUUAAUUUCAUCAUUCAUACUCUACUAAAGAAUUUGUUUUACUUACCAUCAAUGUUUGUUUGUUUUUUUACUUUAGUUAGGUAGUUUGAUCUUAAUAUUCCAAUCACCAGAAUGAUAGUAAAAGAUUUAUCCUUUUGCUUUUUAUCUGUUCCAAUUCAAUGUUUGGACUCAAAAAACGUGUUUGAGUGUUAAUCAUUUCAAAUGUGGUGAAAUCCUAAAGCCUAAGCACUUACAAAUGAUGUUUGUUUUAUACUUGUAAUUAAACAUUUUACA